AUUCAGCUUCCUGGAAACCACCUUCUAAUACAAAUUUCAGCCCUCACAAACUUCUUCUAGCAGCUUCAAUGGGUGUCGUACGGACGGACGAGAGCCGGAGAGCUGAAAUCGAGGAGUUCCGGCGGAUGCUGUUAUCCUGCUCCGGCGUCGUUCUCAAGGUUAGAAGCGAAGAGUUCAAUCGCCGGCGAGUGUCUGCCGGUAACGGAAAUGAAUAUGCAGUAGAUCAGAAACUUGUAUGCGUCACGAGCGGCGUCUCUUUCCUUGGAAUCGCCAUCGUGAAACAGCUGUUGCUCAGAGGCUAUGCCGUUCGAAUCAUCGUUGAUAACGAAGAAGAUAUCGAGCGAUUAAGGGAGAGUGAAACUUCAGGGGAGAUGGAAGGAACAUCGAGAUUUGCAAGCCACAAUCUGAUCGGAGUUGUUGUGGCAAAGUUCAACGAACAGCGGAGCUUAAUGGAAGCGUUCGAUGGAUGUUGUACAGUUUUUCACACCACCGCUUUCAUUGAUCCAAGCGGAUUCUCCGGCUACUCGAAAUGCAUGGCGGAAAUAGAAGCAAAGGCAGCAGAAAAUAUAGCAGAAGCUUGUGCAGCAACGGCCUCCGUUAGGAACUAUGUGUUUACGUCUUCUCUAUUGACCUGCAUUUGGAGAGACACUUCUAACAACACCCUCCCUCCGGUCGUAGAUCAUAAUAGCUGGAGCGACGAGUCCUUUUGCAAUGGCAAAAAGCUAUGGUAUGCCUUGGGUAAGUUGAAAGCGGAGCGAGCGUCAUGGCGAAUAGCGGAGGAGAAGGGGUUGAAGUUGGCCACCAUAUGCUCGGGUCUUAUUACCGGUCCUCGAUAUUUCUGUACAAAUCCCUCAUCCACCAUCGCAUACCUCAAAGGAGGUCAAGAUAUGUAUGAAUACGGUUUAUUAGCGAGCGUUGAGGUCGAUAAAUUAGCAGAGGCACACGUUCAAGUACACGAGGAGAUGAAGAAAAGUAGUGGCGGGAGAUAUGUAUGUUUUGACAAAGUUGUUCGUAGGCCGGAGGAGGUUGAAAGACUAGAAGCGGAAACGGGCGUUCAUAUAAACACGGACACGGUUUCAACCGUUGUGGGAUUUCGAUUCGAGUUGUCAAAUAGAAAACUUGAUAGGUUAAUGUCCCAAGUGCAUAGAUGCAAUAUAGAUGUAUGAUAGUUAUUUUACCACUCAU